CGGCGGGGCUCCGCGUUCCCGGAAGCGGCGGUGUCCGCCUCCCCGGGGGUCCCAGUAGCGUCGUCCCCGCGGGCGCGCGCCUGGACGUGGGGCUGCUGCCGCCGCGGGCGUCCCCGCGCGGGUGAGCGGGAGGGGGGACAAUGCCUAAAAAAAAGACGGGCGCCAGGAAGAAGGCAGAGAACCGCCGGGAACGCGAGAAGCAGCUGCGAGCAUCGAGAGGCACCAUAGAUUUAGCUAAACACCCUUGCAAUGCUUCAAUGGAAUGUGACAAGUGUCAGAGGCGGCAGAAGAACAGAGCAUUCUGCUAUUUUUGUAAUUCUGUCCAGAAGUUACCAAUUUGCGCACAGUGUGGGAAGACAAAGUGCAUGAUGAAGUCUUCAGACUGUGUCAUAAAGCACGCAGGUGUCUACAGCACUGGCCUUGCCAUGGUGGGCGCCAUCUGUGACUUCUGCGAAGCCUGGGUGUGCCACGGACGCAAGUGCCUGAGCACCCACGCAUGCGCGUGCCCGCUGACGGACGCCGAGUGCGUGGAGUGCGAGCGCCGCGUCUGGGACCACGGAGGCAGAAUAUUCAGUUGUUCUUUCUGCCACAACUUUCUCUGUGAAGAUGAUCAGUUUGAACAUCAAGCCAGCUGCCAGGUUUUAGAGGCGGAAACAUUUAAAUGUGUGUCCUGCAACCGGCUGGGCCAGCACUCCUGUCUCCGGUGUAAGGCAUGUUUCUGUGACGAUCAUACCAGGAGUAAGGUCUUUAAGCAAGAGAAAGGCAAACAGCCUCCCUGCCCCAAGUGCGGACACGAGACCCAGGAGACGAAGGACCUGAGCAUGUCGACCCGCUCCCUGAAGUUCGGUCGGCAGGCAGGAGGUGAAGAUGGAGAUGGAGCUGCUGGCUAUGAUGCCUACUGGAAGAGCCUCUCCGCCGAGAAGUACGGCGAUGCCAGCUACCAGGACGAGGAGGAGGAGGAGGAGGAGGACGAGGCAGAGGAUGAUGAAGAGGAAGAAGAUGAAGGGGCCAAGGAUUCCGAUGCCGAGUCAUCUGACUUGUUUACUAACUUGAAUCUAGGAAGGACCUACGCCAGCGGCUACGCUCACUACGAGGAGCACGGGGAUUAGGAGAGCCUGUGGCCCCCAUCUGCAAGCAGGAGCUGGCAUGCGCCAGUGAUGCGUGCGGGUGCUCCAGGAGCACCGUCACUGGCCAUGUGCCAUGCUGGUUGCUUUUAUGAGGCAUGGAGCAGGGCAUAGGAUUUCUUUUUAAUAGGAUCUGAUAAUCAGGCAUAAGAAAAUGAGUCUUAAAUAUAAGAUGUUUUUAAUCAAGCCGAGCAAUUGGAGCAUCAUGGAUUAGAUUUUUACCGACUGCAGUAGUCUAGUAAGUUUUGCCAGUUAGAUGUGUACACAGGAUAAAGGAAUAGGAUGGUAAUAUAUUUGUUUGACAUGAAAUGGCUAUAAUUAAGAAAUCUGCUUAUAAAUUCACUUUUGUCUGAUUUUUGUAAAAUGCCAUGGGUAAAAUGAAUUAUUGUAUUUUUUUCCUUGUUAUAGCCACAGGAAAAAAAGUGAAAUGUUAAUUGAAUUCUAAAUUUUCGUUAUUUUUGUUACCUCAAGUAGACCAGGAUGUGUAUGUUUCAGCAGUCCACUCUCCCUUGUCGCCUUUCACUGUGUGUGUCUUUACUAGUACUUUUCAAUGCCUAAAAAUAUACACAGAGGGGACUGCUCAGCCGUUUUUCAGUGACAAAGAGUCAGAAAUAGCAUUACUACCAGAUGCUUUACCUAGGAAAUCUCAUUUCUUUGUUCUUUUUGAAUAAAUCGAGUAUUUCACUUAA